CUGUGUUUUCUAAAACAUAACCUAGAAAAACGCUAGCGGCAUAAUCGCAAAUAAACUGAAAAUUAAGAAAAUUCAAUUUUGAACAAGAAAAUUCAUAAUGACGGAUGAAGAGGUAAUUCGACGACGAUUAUUAAUCGACGGAGAUGGAACGGGAGACGAUCGACGAUUAAAUGUUCUUUUAAAGACUUUCAACAAAUGGUGUACUUUACCAAACGACAGUGAAAGUCAAAUAAUACUCGAUCGAAUGUUAGCACAAUUGGCUCAAUGUGAAUUUGCUGUAAAAAAAUCACAAAUUUCAGCAAAAAUGAGCGCCCGUGAAUUAAAAAAUUACGAAGUAAUCUCCCAAGAGAUUGAAACGAACAUCGAAAAUGUAAAAGCAUUAAUCGAAACAAGUAAAACGGAUUUAAAACAUGCAAAGACUGUUCGUAAAAAUAAAAUGGAAUAUGAUGUUUUGGCGAAAGUAAUUAACGAACAACCGGAUCGUAAAGAAACCGAUAAAAAAUUAAAUGAAUUACAGAAAGAAUUAAAACUUUUAGAAGAGAAAAGUCAACAUUUAGAAGCGAAAUUAGAUAUGAGACGGAAACAAUUUUAUGUACUUGUGUCUAGUGUGAAUCAAUUAAAAUCGAUGAUCGAAGCGAGUGAUGAUGCCACGAAUGUAGAAGAUCUUGGUUUAGAACCAUUUGAUGAUGAUAUUACUGAUAUUGGAAAUAGUCCGGUACCAGAUGUAACAAUUGAUUAAACUAUCUCAUUUAUUGUAAAUAGUAUUUAAUAAUAAUAACCAUUUUUAUACUUAAA